AUGGACGCGUAUCUUUCUCGGAAGCGACCUCAGACAAACCUCUCCCCUCCACCGCAGGCUAAGAGAAUAAAUUCUACGUCUCAAGAAGAAGAGGAAGAGUCAACAGAUGUCAAGCUGGCUAUUUUAUCUUCACUAAAUCCAGAAAAACCACAAGCUGAUCUGCUUGAACUCCUUCUUGAUUGUGAUGGCUCUGUCGAUAAUGUCAUCGCUGUCUUGUCUGCGACCAGUGACAGUCCUCCACCUAACUUGAAGCGGCGGCAAACAAUUCCUGGAAUCCAGAGUGCCCUUCCCUUCGGGCUCUCAGGGGGGAACAAAAGUCCAUCAAAAGCCAGUCUGCAGCCAUUGACGAGGAAGGGCAAGACCCUUCAUCUUUACACUCCCAAAGACAUUGCAGACCACACUCCAUGCUCUAUUAUCCACAACUUCCUUCCCACCAGUCUGGCAAAUGCCCUACUCGAAGAACUGCUGGUCGAAGUCCCGAGCUACGAGAGUAUCACAUUCAAACUUUUUGACAAUGUUGUCAAGUCACCACACACUGCUUGCUUCUAUGUGGACAAUCUUGAAGAACUGCAACGUCAGAAGAGUGAGUACUACUACAAUGGUAACGACUUGAUGGAUGUCCGUCAGAUCUUGCCAGUUAUGCGUCAGGUCAGUGAAAUCGUGAAGGAUGCUGUCAAUGAAGAGGUUGCCACCCGAAUUCGUGAUUACUACCCCGAUAGCCAAAAAUUGAAAUACCAAACUCCCAAAUCAUGGCAGCCCAAUGCCGCGUUUGUCAAUUGUUAUGACGGUGGAGCUCAACAUGUAGGUUAUCAUUCAGAUCAACUUUCCUACCUUGGCCCACGAGCAAUAAUUGGAAGUUUAAGCCUGGGUGUGGCCCGAGAGUUCCGAGUGCGAAAGAUUGUUCCCAAGGACGAGGAGUCGACCACAGAUGGCAUCAAGCCCACUCCCAACUCUAAACCCAAUUCAUCUGCAGGGGACAUAUCCGGUCAAAUUGCUAUUCAUCUUCCUCACAACUCUUUACUGGUCAUGCAUGCUGAAAUGCAGGAGGAAUGGAAGCAUAGCAUUGCCCCAGCACAUGCCAUUACUCCUCACCCACUGACUGACAACAAACGCAUCAACAUCACUUACCGUUGGUAUAGAGAGGAGUUCCGUCCGCGGUACACUCCAAAAUGCAAGUGUGGUGUUCCAUGUGUAUUGAAAUGUGUGCAGAAGCAGAAAAACAAUCGGGGCCGAUAUAUGUGGAUGUGUCAGGUCGGCAACAAACCAGAGGGAGGCGAAGGGUGCGGUUUUUUCGAAUGGGGACGAUUUACUGAUGACGGUGUUCCUGUCGGAUGGAAACCUGCUAUGCAAAGUCCGCAGCAAGUCCACUGCAAGGAGGAAAGCACUAUCAACGAGGAACGACAUCCUGCACCUGAUAGGGCUAGUUUAUGA